GUUCUGUAAAAAUUAUUGUUUAUGAUGAGGGAUCUUUAAUUCCAAAAUAUAUUCUCACCAUCAUCAAAGAGAUUCUAGACAAUCUGGUUGUCAAAACGGAAUCAUUACCUCCCAAAGAUUGUACAGGUAAUAUUUUUACAAAUUUUUAAUAAUAUUUAAAUUUACAAGCUUUUUGUUUAGAUGCGAACUUGAUUGAAAUGAACGGAGUUAUGAGUGAUCUGUGUAUGGAGGUUUUAGAAAAAGAGAUGAAAGGAAUGAGGCUUGAAAUAUCACUGCGUAAGAAGAUUUGGGAAACUGUAAAUGACGAAUGUAAAUUCUCUGCUUUUACAACUUAUCACUUGAUCCAUCAGGAUGAUGCAGAAGUUUACCAUCGCAUAUUUUGGCCUGUGUGUUUUUUACUAUGUGAUGAAUAAUUUUUUCAGAUCAAUAAAAUGGCUCUUUACUCCUUAAAGAAAGAUUCAGUACUUAAAUCAUUAUGCCAAGAUCUUGCAGAACCUUUUACCUUUGGUGAAUUUUUAAAUCAAUUCCAAUGUAAAAAUAUCAUAAAUCUUUUGAACCAACAUCAAGAUUUGCUGUUAGAAGAUAUUAUCCUAUAUUUUCUGAAUCAGCUAAAAAUUCAGGUCUAUCCACUGCCCAUGCUUGAAAGAAGAUCAUUAUCCAAUAAGGUUUCCUUUGAAAUUCCAUUUCACCGACCUUUCUGGUGUCUCAAGUCUAAUCCUAAUUUUGAUUAUCGAUGUCAAUUCAUGAUAGUCAUCAACUCCAUCAUUACCAGAACAACUCUUCUACAUGUUCUCAAGUCUUAUGGCUACAUUGAAAAAAUCUAUUUUUCUAAGACUAUGCGAUCCUGUCAUGUUAUAUUCCGAACCCUGCCCUGUUCUUUGAAAAAGUUCCCCUGGAUUUAUAUUCAACGCUACAUGUUCCCUGUGUACUCUAUGCUUUUUAAUGAUAAUUAUCCAAAUAUUCGUGCUCAAUGUCAAUAAUUAAUAAUAAUGUAUUUUUGUAAAAAUAUAUUGAAAAAUACAUCAUGAUAGAUUUUAUUUAAAUCAUUUUUGUUUCAGAUUUAUAAUGGCCAAUAUUU